CCAGCGAAAAGAAAAGAAAAGAAAAGGAUAGCGAGCGGAAAAGCCGCACGGAGGAAACCCUACCCACCCAUCGGUUGAUUGAGCGGCGGCGCGGCGCGGCGGAGAUGGAGAGCCAGACGAUGAGCAGUGCAUUCGCAGAGUUCAAGAUCUACACCAGCGACGCCGAGGUCGGGAGCAGUCGAAUUCGUGGGGCUUCGACCGGGAAGGAGAUCGCCAGCGGCAAUCUCGGGGCACAGCGGAAGAUUCGAGCUCUUCGCGAUGCCAACCGGAUCGAUGCAAGGACUAUGAGGGGGAGGCACGAUGGGAAGAUUUGGAAGAAUCCUCCACCUCCUCCUCGAGGUGAGGAGGAGGAGGAGGAGGAGGAGGAGGACGCGAUCCCCAUGUACCGUAAAGCCUGGGAGACCUGCUUCGGCGGCGUUUUCGGUUCCUUCGAAGACGAAACCACUCUUGCUCCGAUGCGCUAUACAUCUGGACCUAUCCCAAAAAAUGCCGUUCCAGGUAGUACCUUGCAGGUCUUCUCAGUCAGAAUCGCUAACCUAAAAGGCGGUCUCCGUUGGCCGCUUCAUGUGUAUGGUUUCCUUGCCACCAGAGACUCGGCAGAUCAUAAUCGCAACUUUCUCUUCAGACGCACAAGGGAUAACUGCCAAAUCCUUACCGAAGAGGAUCCAGUCUUGCUGUUAACAGGGCCGUCUCGGGCAAUUGUGUUCGUCGAUCUGAUCACGUUUGAAGCUCAGCUAAAAGUAAAGGGCACAAAAACAGAAUCUGAAGAUGAAGUGCUCGCUUCCAAAGUCUUCCAUUUCCACCAAGGGUCACGACGUGAAGACGGUAUUCGCACUUGUAUCCCUUACAAGCGCUGCAUGCUAGAGUUUGCGUUUGCACCCCUCCUCCGUUCAGUUGAGGCUACCAUCAGCGUACAGGUUGUUGAUGGGUCAUGGCCGGAUGAUCACCAGGGACGGGUUUUCUCCUGCACCGCUGGUGUAAAAAACACGAAGAUGAUGUUGCUUGACUGUCCAGAUGGAAACAUGCCUAUUAGCUCAGAUGGCUUGUUCGAGCUGUCGAGGCGUGUUGUUUCUGUGGAGUUUAGCACAAGGAAUAAGCUGACGGUCUAUGUGCAGGCCUAUCGCGUUGGUUUUCUUACAAGAGCCAAGGCUGUCUUCGAACCGAAGAAAUCUGGCACAAGUAUUGGCAUGUGUGAUCUUCGCUUCUGCAAGAUGCAAGUUACUGUUGCUUGGUCCCUUCUCUCUACCUUGGCACACAUGCCGGCACCUAUGUAACCAUUUUCAGCGCCGUUAUCUAAAUAAGUUAAAUGAUACUCGAAUUGCAUGCUCUGUUGUUCAUCUUGUCAAGCUUGUGGUUUCACAGCUGUUGUUGUAAUGGUGUGAAUGAUCAAAAACAUCUGGAUUCUGAAGCUUGCGAAGUCUUGUUGAACAACAGGACUCUCGUGUGGAUUUUAUUAA